AUGGGUGAAGCAGAGAACAGAAGAAGAGAGAGAUGGUCCCUUCAUGGGAUGUCUGCUCUGGUCACUGGAGGCACCAAGGGAAUUGGAUAUGCUAUUGUAGAAGAAUUAGCUGGACUAGGAGCAUCAAUAUAUACAUGUGCUCGCACUGAAGUCGAUCUUAACAAAUGCUUAGAUGAGUGGAAAGGGAGGGGAUUCAAUGUUCACGGAUCAGUUUGUGAUUUGUCGUCCCGUGCCAAUCGGGAGAAUUUGAUUGAAGCUGUAUCUGCACAUUUUAAUGGGAAGCUGAAUAUCCUUGUGAAUAAUGUUGGGACAGGCUUUCGCAAACCAUCGGUUGAGUAUACCGCCAAGGACUUCUCAUUUUUAGUGUCAACCGACUUAGAGUCUGCUUACCACAUGUGCCAACUCUCACAUCCUCUUCUCAAAGCAUCAGAAGCAGGAAGCAUUGUCUUCAUCUCCUCUGUUGCUGCAGUGGUUGCUCUCGAUGUUGGUAGCAUAUAUCCAGCAACUAAAGCUGCAAUAAAUCAAAUAACAAAGAACCUCGCUUGCGAGUGGGCAAAGGACAAUAUUCGGACCAACAGUGUGACACCAUGGGCUAUAAAAACACCCCUUGUGGAAGAUUUACUCGCGAAUAAGGAGAUAUUAGAGUCAGUCAUUGCACGAACUCCUAUGCGGCGGACAGGGGAGCGUGAAGAAGUUGCAUCUCUUGUUGCAUUCCUUUGCAUGCCAGCUGCAUCUUAUAUCACAGGCCAAGUCAUUUGUGUUGAUGGUGCAUUCACUGUAAAUGGCUGGUUUCCAUGA